GAACGUACCUGCACUUUGUGCAGCCAACGUCGGCAACAUGAUCGCGGUGUUGAGUAUCACCGGCUCAACCAUGUCCAACUUACAAGUCACCUGCCGAACUGUCACAGCCACGGAGCCGAAGUGGCGCGAGUACCUUCCAGAGGCAGCCGCCAAGUACGAUGCCUUCAAGGAGAUGAAGAGGCAGUACAGCCGACGCCUACGUGGGGAGUUUGUGCAAGAGGGGAACCACAGUGCCGUGCUGCGCGGCCUUGAGCACAAGACGGCCACACUUCCGGCGCCGCCGACGCAGAGAUAUCUUGCUGGAAACAUGCUCCAAGAGAUCCGGAACAAGCUUUCAGCAGCAGAGUUCCGGAAAGUUGAGAUCUCGCAGUGUGUCUUCGAUGUGAUGCUCACCGGGAUGUUUUUCGGACGUGGGCUUCUCCAACUCUACAAUGCGGCCAUGCGGAGUCCGUGUGGACAUCCCGAAGACUUCAAUGAUCCAACA